CUCAUGGAUCCGCUCCCUCCUUUCACAAACACGGAAGCAGCAUGGCGUCCAACAGCAGCGGCGGCAGCUCCGACAGGCAGCGGAUUGCACAGCAAAGACUGAGGAUAAUUGCCGGGCAUUUACAGAGACCGGUGGACGGUGACUCGGCCAUCCUAGCCGCGGAGUGCAAAGCCCAGGGGAGUCAGCCAGAUGCUUCCAGUGAGGAGAAGACGGUGCCGAGGAGGAGGCAGGAGAUUAUGAAAUGGAAUGGUUGGGGAUACAGCGAUUCAAGAUUCCUCUUCAAUAAGAAAGGUCAAGCAGAAUUUACUGGCAAAAGGUAUAGACUAAGUGGUAUGAUCAUCCCUGGUCUGAAAGAUUGGUUUGAAAGCACCUUUGGAGCCAGUCUGCAGCAUAAAACCCCAGCAACACCCAUUCUGAAUAGCAGUGCUGUACAUCCUCCCACUCUUAACGAGACCUUCAUUGAGGAACUGAAAUCCACAGGUAUUCCUUUCUCUCAUGAUGCAGAGGACCGGGUGUUUCGUGCCCACGGCCAUUGCUUACACGAGAUCUUUGCCCUCCGAGAAGGGAGAUUUGGUCGUGUUCCAGAUAUGGUGCUAUGGCCAAACUGCCACAAUGAUGUAGUGAAAAUUGUGGAACUCGCAUCCAAACAUAAUGUCUGUUUGAUACCAUAUGGAGGAGGGACUAGUGUCUCCAGUGCUCUCGAGUGCCCCAAAGAGGAAACUCGCUCCAUUGUCUCCCUGGAUACCUCACAGAUGAACCGCAUUCUGUGGAUUGACGAGAAAAAUUUAACUGCCCAUGUGGAAGCUGGCAUCGUUGGUCAGGACCUGGAGAGAUUGCUUAAUGAGAGUGGCUACUGUACAGGGCACGAGCCUGACUCCAUGGAGUUCAGCUCCCUGGGGGGCUGGGUAGCAACCAGAGCAUCAGGCAUGAAGAAGAACAUCUACGGCAACAUUGAGGACCUGAUCAUCCACGUAAAGAUGGUGACCCCUCGAGGUGUCAUUGAAAAGAGUUGUCAGGGCCCACGCAUGUCCACGGGCCCAGAUAUUCACCACUUCAUCAUGGGCUCAGAAGGAACCCUGGGUGUGGUUACUGAGGUAACGAUGAAGAUUCGUCCCAUGCCGGAGUAUCAGAAAUAUGGCUCGGUUGUUUUCCCUAAUUUUGAGCAGGGAGUUGCUUGUCUUCGAGAAGUUGCCAGACAGAGGUGUGCUCCAGCAUCUAUACGACUCAUGGAUAAUGAACAGUUUAAAUUUGGUCAUGCCCUGAAGCCUCAAGUGUCUUCAAUUUUCACAUCUUUUUUGGACGGGUUGAAGAAAUUUUACAUCACCAAGUUCAAAGGGUUCGACCCCAACCGCUUGUGUGUGGCCACCCUGCUGUUCGAGGGAGACCGUGAGAAGGUUCUGCAGCAUGAGAAACAAGUUUAUGACAUUGCUGCAAAAUUUGGGGGCCUGGCAGCUGGAGAGGACAAUGGGCAAAGGGGCUACAUGUUGACCUUCGUCAUCGCUUACCUCCGGGACUUGGGGAUGGACUACUAUGUGAUCGGGGAGUCCUUUGAAACCUCUGUGCCUUGGGACAGGGUGUUGGACAUUUGCCGGAAUGUAAAGGCGCGCAUCGUUCGAGAGUGUAAAGAGAAAGGAGUGCAGUUUCCACCUUUAUCCACAUGCAGGGUGACUCAGACGUACGACGCUGGUGCCUGUGUCUACUUUUACUUUGCCUUCAACUACAGGGGACUCAGUGAUCCAGUACAUGUGUAUGAACAAGUGGAGCAUGCAGCUAGAGAAGAAAUCCUUGCCAAUGGAGGAAGCUUGUCACAUCACCAUGGAGUGGGGAAACUUCGGAAGGAGUGGAUGAGAGAGACCGUCUCCAAUGUCGGCAUGGGGAUGCUCAAGUCUGUCAAAGACUACGUGGACCCCAAUAACAUCUUCGGCAACAGGAACCUCCUCUAAUAUCCCGCUCCUCUCCAUCUGUAUCUCACCUUUUUCUAAAAGCAUCUUGUGCGUUUUGGAUUAAUAGAUACUAAAAGUGAAUUUAAAAUGGACAGAGAUCUUGUCUUUUUCAUCAUUAGUGUCAUUCAGUGCCAUUUACUGAUUCACCCAAACCUUUUUCUUUUACAUUAUAUUGCACUUAAUAUGCUGUAACAAUCUUUGUCGUUCAUGUUGAAGCUCAUUUCUGCUGUUGUGUCGUGGCCUCAGCUUGUUGGAGCGGCGGCCACGAUGCAUCCUGACAUGAUGCAACAAAACCUUGAUUUUUUUUUUUUUUGUCAUAUUUGCUUUUGUUUAACCUCUUCCUAAAAAUCCUUGCCAACAUAGUUUACCCUUAAAUUUGUUUUUAUUUUCCUCUUGUGUGUGCGCGCGUGUGUGCGCAUGUGUGUGCGUGUGUCUGUGUGUGUGUGUGUGCGUGUGUCUGUGUGUGUGUGUGUGUGUGUCUGUGUGUGGGGCUCUUCUUUAGUGGUAAGUUCUAGAUGAAUGCGCUCUCUAAAGCCCUGUGCCUUUCUAAAGCUUUUGUCUGCCUUCCUCUUCUCCUACUGCACACUCUGCUGGUGUACAGUGAGUCCCUUUGUGAAGCAAAACAGACUUGGACAUGAUGGUGUCAGUGUCUCCUGUUUGUCUUUUUCAUGCCCUCAUGCCUUUUGUUGUAUUGACCUAUUGCCAUAAGAGACUUUCUCGUCUACGUGUGCGUGUUCCUCUGCUGACCAACUUGUUCCACUAAAAACUCCACACCUACAGCCCCACCAAAAAGUAAUAACCCUUAGAAUUACAGUAUGAUUACAAAGAGAGAUAAUCCUUGUGUGUUUAGUUUUUGUACUGAAAUGGUUUUCCUUGCAUGGUUUGUUACUGAGAAAGUGACGUGGGAAAAAAAAGCCAUCGCGUUUUUUCGAUCAUGCCUGCUUCAGUUUGACUGUUUUUGCAAUUUAAGGCCUCUGGAUCCCGGUGCUCACGUUGUACCAAAGACUCAACACAUCAGACCAUAUAAACAUUACUAUAAACAUCUGUCUGAUUGUGUAACCGCCACCUUCACAUACAUUCAAAUCAUGCACAGCUAAAGUAGAUUUUUUUUUUUAAUCCACAUAUGCAAAGACGACCCUUCUGAGAGAUAUGAAAUGUCGAUAUUUGUGACUGUUACAUGUGCUAAAACUUUCUAUUAAACUCUACUACAUCAUGUUUCCUAUGUUAAAGACACUGUAUUGAAUUGUUUCUGCUCCAUAUAAUUGGUUGUUCUUUGUUGUUAAUUGUUAUUGUAUCUAUAUUAUGUAAGAGGUUUCUGGAAUGGAUACUGUAAUGUACUACAAUUUGAUACCAGACUUGUAUCAUUUAACUACUCGUUUUGAAGCCAAGUUUAGCUUUAAGAGAGCUGUCUGCUUUUUUUUCCUUCUGAUCUGUGCUUCGCAUUUUUCACAUUUUCCUGGACCACCAUGUCCUUUUAAUUCUUAAUAUUCCCCCAAAGAAACAGAUUUGUUUGGGAUCCACUCACCAUCUGAUAUUUAACCUUCCGUGUCAAAAAUGUGUGAGAGCUUUUGAAUGUUAUGGACGUACCUGUUUUUUUUUUUUUUGUUGUUGUUAUUUUCCACUUCUCUUAACAAUGUAGUAACAUCCAAGUACAUUUUGUCAACGCUGUUUGUGCAAUAAAUUGAACUAAAACAUCCCA